UUAAUAGGGGCGCGUCUCCGGCGCAGCCGCCGACCAAUAACCCGUCUGUCUGGGCUGAGACCGAGGGGGACGAGCGCUCGCCGGGGCCCAAUCAGCGCUUUUGUGUUGCCUGCCGGUGCCGGGGACUGGUCGCGAGGAGCUUCUGCGGCGAUUCAGGAUCGGAGAGUGCACCCGGAGCAAGCGGAACCUGAGGGGGUAAAGGCGAGUCAGGAUGGAGAGGAUAAGUGAGGAGGCCCUACGGCUCAAUAUGCUGAAACGAGGUCUGGAGGUACCUGAGGAGCGGGAAGAGGCCUUGACCAAGCGGCUUAAGAUGGAGGGCCAUGAGGCCAUGGAGCGUCUAAAGAUGUUGGCUCUGCUCAAACGCAAAGACCUUGCAGGCCUGGAGGGUACUGCAGGACACCUGGGUGAAGCUAAGGUCUCUCCAGUCAGUGGCCAAGGACCAGCAGGACCAAUGGGCUAUGAAGAGCGCCUGAAUGGGAGCCUUCGUGGUGGAACCUUAACCCACGGGGGUAUGGGAAAGAACGGGAAGGAGAACAUGGUAGAUGAGCCUGUAGACAUGAGCGCCAGAAGAGGAGAUGUGGAGCGAGAGCGCCGCACGCCAUCACCAGAUGUGAUCAUCCUGUCAGAUAAUGAGGCCUCCAGCCCCCGGGCAACCACACAAGUGGAGGAGAAGAUCCGUGCUGCCAACCUCGAGAUGUUUAAGGGUAAAAGUGGAGAGGAGCGGCAGCAGAUGAUCAAGGCCCUAAGGGAAGAGUUGCGUUUGGAGGAGGCACGGCUGGUGCUCCUCAAGAAGCUCCGACAGAGCCAGAUGCAAAAGGAGAAUGUGGUCCAGAAGGUGCCGGUGGUCCAGAAUGCAGCCUCCUCGGUCCAGGCCUCCCCCAUGCACAGCUCUCAGAGCGUGGCCAAGAUACCAGUGCGCCCUGGGCUCCACGCUGCCGAGCCCCAGAACCUCCGCACUGCACAGCAGGGUCACAGUGUGAUCAGGUCUGCUGCCAAUGCUUCACUGCCCCCAAUGAUGAUGUCUCAGCGAGUUAUUGCCCCCAACCCUGCCCAGCUGCAAGGCCAAAGGGUGCCAUCCAAGCCUACUGUGGUGCGCCCCUCUUCAGGGAGCAUCAGUAGUGCUGUCAGCUACCAGCAGGCUACCGGUCAGCAGGUGUCAGCCUCACAGCGCUCUGGCUCCUCGGGCAUUUACAUGAACCUGGCCCACAUGCAGGCAGCUGGGGCAGGUGGUGUUGCAAAUGUGGGGACAGUCAGCCCUUCCACCCUGCCCAGCCCUGGGGUGGGCACCCUAGGGGAGCCGGUGAGCAGCCAGGCGGCAGCCAAGCUUGCACUUCGCAAGCAGCUGGAGAAGACUCUGCUGGAGAUCCCACCCCCCAAGCCCCCGGCCCCCCUGCUGCACUUCCUACCCUCUGCUGCCAACAGCGAGUUUAUCUACAUGGUCGGCUUAGAGGAGGUGGUGCAGAGUGUCAUUGACAGCCAGGGUAAGAUGCGUGGCUCCCUUUCCCGUACGGAGCCUUUCUUCUGCGCCCAGUGCCGUACCGACUUCACCCCCCACUGGAAGCAGGAGAAGAGCGGACGCAUCCUGUGUGAGCAGUGUAUGACAUCCAACCAGAAGAAGGCCCUGAAGGCAGAGCACACCAACCGACUGAAGAACGCCUUCGUCAAGGCCCUGCAGCAGGAGCAGGAGAUUGAGCAGAGGCUGCAGCAGCAGGCCGCUCUGUCCCCCAGCUCUGCCCAGACCGUCCCCAGCGUCAGCAAGGCGGAGUCCAUGAUCCGACACCACGCUCUUCGGCAGCCCCCCCAGCCUCCCCAGCCACCCCAGCCUCAAGCUUCCCUCCAGCGGGGUAUCUCCAGUUCUGCGCGGGGCGUGCUCUCCAAUUUUGCCCAGGCCUCCCAGCUCUCCGUGGCCAGUGGUCUCUUGGGCAUGACAGGCAAGCGCUGCGGCUCCGGUGGCGGCCGGACAGCCGAGGAGAGCCGGCGUCAACUCUACAACAUCCCUGGGCUGAACAUCACCUACCUGAACCCGGCUGGAGUCGGUGGGCACAAGGCAUCCAGCCUGGCUGACCGGCAGCGGGAGUACCUGCUGGACAUGAUCCCACCCCGAUCCAUAUCUCAGUCCAUCACCGGACAGAAAUGAGCCUGCUUCCCUUCCUCCACACCCCACCCCACACCCCAACCCAGCCCGUCGCAUGCAGUGCCUGUCCGUGUGCCUACCUACUAACCCGUGAGAACGACACAAUCAACAAGAGCAAAAAGCCACCAAGCUGUCAGAGAACCUGAGGCUGCUUUAUUACUAUAGCAAACUUUCUCAUUCUUAUUAUUACUUCUUAUUGUUGUUGCUGUCGUAUUUUUAUUAUUAUUACUGCUUCUGUUAAGGUUAUGCUUUGCUUUUUAGAGAGGGUGGCUGAAUAGCAGGGUGGCACGGUUUUUUUUUUUUUUUUUUUUUGCGCCCCUCUCUUUAGCAGUAGUCUGUUUGGCUCCUCCAUACCCCCCCAGUCAUUUAGGUCAAGGUUGCGCAGGACUGAAGUCUGUUGCUGUCGGUCACUGGGGUGGCAGUGCAGCACUUACAGUGGGUUAGGUGUUGUUGGGCAUCCAGUCCCAGAAGGGGUGGCACCCACCACUGCCUGCUCUCAUGGUCCGGCAAUCACUCGCAGACAUGACCAAACUUUUGUCCAGUUCAAAAAUGGACCUUCUGGGUGUGGGCUGGGCAUUAUAGCUGGACUUUGCUUACGGAAGACCCCCAUUCUGCAACAGUCCCUCUUUAUUAUGGGUAAGAGACACACUCAAGAUUUGUUUUUCUUUGCAUAUAAUGCUAUGCUUAGUAGGUGGGUACUGAUGUAUGUAUGGAGAAAUUCAUGCACUUAUUUACACUCCAGAAUAUCUAAUUUAGUCAUACUGUGUGUCAGAGUUGGAGCGUGUUUGGACCAAGUCUGAACGAAGGGAAGUUUUUUUUUUUUUU